UCAAUAAUGCAACUAUUGAAGUCGGCAGAGAAUUUUUUUAUCUCGAUUUUUCACUUCCAUUUAAUACUCAAAAUCUAUUAUGGCAAGAUCUAACAAAUAUUAAUAUUAUACCAACACAUGCUUUUGCAGCAACUGUCAAAGGUGGUGUAGAUAAUAAUACAUUAAUCUUUUAUGGAGGAAGAAAUUUAACUAAUGCAGAAAAUAUGGCACUAGUUUAUAUGUUUGAUACACAAAGUAAUUCAUGGCAUAUCCCAUCAAUUUCUGGAGUAUCUUAUACAAAAAGGAGAAGUUUAUCAGCUUUUAUUGAUGUUAACAAAAAAAUGUACUUGUUCGGUGGAUAUUUAAUAGGAAGUAAUGUUUUCGUUAAUGAUAUGCUUAUUUUAGAUACUGUAAAUUUAAGUUGGGGAAUUGGAAGUUCAUUAAAUGCACCUAUUCCAAGAAUUAAUUAUGGCGCAGUUCUUUUACCUAGCCAAGAAAUCAUUUAUUUAGGAUUGGAUGAUCAGCAAAUAAUAAUUUUUGGAGGAAAGAAUGAAAAUAACAUUAGUAUUACAGAUUCACUUUACACUUUAAAUUUAAGUACAUUUAGAUGGAAAAUUCCAAAUGUUUCUGGAAAACUUCCAACAUCUCGAUUUUAUCAUAAAGCAAAUGUAAUUGGAAAAUAUAUGGUUAUAUCAUUUGGAUCUGAUUAUAAUUCUGAUUUGGAAAAUAAUAUAUUAUUACUUGACAUUAGUAAUAAUGAAGAAUAUAAAUGGACUACAGUUUUUGAUCCUUUACUUCCUUCAUCAUCAUUAUCACCAUUACCCUCACCAAUACCAACAAUAAUACAAUCUAUACCAGUUAUGAUUGGUAUAAUCAUUGGAUCUUUAUUUUGCGGUAGUUUAUUAACAAUUGGAUUUUUCCUCUUAUAUAAACAUAGACAAGGUCAAAAUAAUGCAGAAUUAAGAAUUCCUGGAGACAAUAUGAAUAAUGAAAGGAUAUAA